ACGAGGAAACGGCAGCCCAAUAGUCGAAGAGAAGCUUGAGAGCUGUCUGUCAGCUAUUGCAGAUCCAGUUUGACAGCAUUUCGGCCUACCCCGAGUUAUCCAACAGCUUGCUGCAAGAGACAAGGGUGAUCUUCUCAUGUCCCCACCCAAGCGUAAGUUUCCUAGAGAAAGUCAGAAGGUAAUUUAUGGACUGUCAUUCAUGACAUAGGAAGCAAACAGUCUCUGCAUCGCGCAGGUGGCGUUAUCAGGCAGCCAAUGUAGCGCUCGCGAGUCACUUAGAACUCUUCCGCAGUAAUAGAGACCAGUCUCGCGCCGAUUAAGAAGCACUGAGGAUGGACAACUUGAAGACAUGUGUGGAUAUUUCAGACACAGACUGUCCGAUCUGCUACGACCACCUCUCCAGUGCAGCAAGGACGCUGAGUUGUUCCCACACAUUUUGCCACGACUGUUUGGUCAGGACGCUGGUCAGCAUCAACAAGGACGGAGUCAUCACGCGGGACAAUAUUGUCUGUCCCAUUUGUCGACACCUCACAUUCAUCACUAAGCAAAACGACACCACGCUGCCAAGGCCCCCGCAUGCUGAUCAUACUCCGAAAACUUUGGAAGUGCCUUUGCUCGGUACCCACCUGUCGCGGUCUCCGCAUGUUUCGCCAUUGAGCAGUACAGGGCGUUUUGGUUGCAUUACGCAGUGGCUCUCCGGAGUAUCUGACAGGAUUCAUCCUCAGAAUUGGAUCAGUCCCAGAAAGAAACCAUCGGAGAUUUUCAUCAUAAGUGAACUUGGUCGACCCAUGAAAGAAGAUGACUUGGAUGUCCUCCCAACAGUAGUUAUUCCUUCAUCAACUCGAAGGAGGAGGACACAUCCGAAAAUUUGCACCACAGGACGCUGUCUAUUGUUUUUAUUAACAAUUUUCUCAUUGCUGGCUCUUAUAACCGUGACAUUACCUUGGGUUUUGUUGGCGUAGUGGUAAUUCAUCUGUCGUUCUAUCUGCCUGGAAAUGUGACUAGAUUCUCCUUUUACGCAUUGACAAGAACCUUUAAUAUUAUUUCCCUCUAAACCAAUUAGAAAACUAAACAAAUGAAAAGACAGACAAAGGUUGUUUUUAUGUUAGUGAUCUAUAACAGACGUGCUUUUGUGAGGCAAGCAUGCCCAAUAACUGUGUGCCCCAUACCUUUUUUCUUGAGAAGAAUGACCUGCAGUUGUGACUUGAAAGACAUGCAAUGGGUGUUAGGUGUUGGGUUUCUGUGUUGAGCUAUUAAGGACAGUUAAGUCAUGUAAUCUGGUACUGAAUGUGCCCAAUGUGUCAUAGCUUCCGUGACAUGGAUGGUGUGUUUUUGCGUAAGGGCCUACUGCAUGCAAAUUGUGACCAUGGCUCAAUCGUUGCUUCGAUCUCCGCCUUGUGCGCGUUAUUGCACUCCUCCCUCUCUCUCUCCCUCCCUCUGCCUUGGGUAGUUCCCGUCUGACUGGUUCCCGAAACUAGGUUGAGGACACUGACUGAUGUAUAGCUGCCUGUGAUUUCAUUUGACAUGCCAGAGCUCUACCAAACAAACACUGUGAUUUCUAUCAGAGGUGAUGCUCUGUUUAAUAUUUAGGCUAGUUAAAUGCAAAACAAACAAAUAAACAAUUUGUAGGCUACAUAUUCUUUGGAAAAUCAUUGUGUCUUUUUUAGAACAUUUUUGAAUGAUUUUUCUUCAAAGAACAGUUGAUUUAACACCUUUUCUGGAUAGCUGCAGUCAUAGACUGGGUUACAAUAGUUACAUUACACUUACACAAAACACUAAUAUUAGUUAGGGGUAAGUAUGGAGCAAUGUGGGGUUGGUUGGCUCAAAGGCACUUCAGUAAUGGAAAGUAUGGGAUUUGAACCAUUAGUAGUGUUACUCAUCAGGAAUUGUGUAUGUGGGAACAUAUGAUCUAAAAGUUGUCCCACUGUAAUGUCCUUCACAAUCUCUUUGACAAAGACUAAGCAAUUACAGUUCAUCACAAAUAAGGACAUUUUUAUUGUCGGUCAUAUUUAUCAUAUGUCAUAGACCUCUAAGCUGAAAUGGGUUCAGAUACCCUGCUUAUCAACAAGGGUGAUUUAAUGCUCAUUGUCCUCCAACCCUACAUAAACUUAUUAGUGUGGUGUGGUGUGGUGUCGUGUAUCAGCCCCCGAGCUGGCCAAGAGAACCUUCAUGUGGCCUGGAAUCAGUGUUUAACCAUUUACCAACUUACAAAAGAUAAUUCCUUAACCUCAGAAGUGUUCAUUUCCUCACUUUAUCCAAAGGCCAACUGAACCUGCCAGCCAGACAGCUCUAGCCUAGCGAGAUAAACCCCUCAAUUUGUGGCCACUAGAGGCGUCUAGAUUUCUAGGCUAAGACAGUUCAACUGUAUGCUACAAUGUCAUCACUGAGGCUUGGCCAGGAUACUUU